AUGGCCCGUAGCCAAACGCCGCAAGGCAGCUUGCGGCAAAGAAAUGUUGGCACCAAAAAGGCCGACCCGAACAUCUCGGCCGUUGACGAGGAGCUCGACAAGCUCGCCAAAGCCUCAAUUCGGAAGAAUACGUCCAAGUGCGAGCGCGAUCACUGGGCUGCCUUCUCCCUGACUACCAUUCUGGCUUUCGUCACCAGAUUCUGGGGAAUCAGCCACCCCAAUGAGGUCGUGUUCGACGAAGUCCAUUUUGGCAAGUUCGCAUCAUACUACCUUGAACGAACCUACUUCUUCGAUGUCCACCCCCCUUUUGCUAAGCUUCUGUUCGCCUUCGUGGGCUGGCUGGUUGGCUACAACGGUCACUUCCACUUCGAGAACAUUGGUGAUUCCUAUAUUGACAACAAGGUGCCUUAUGUGGCAUUCCGAGCUCUUCCUGCCCUCCUGGGCGCCUUGACUGUGUCCGUUACGUAUCUCAUCAUGUGGGAGUCGGGUUAUAGUGUUCCUGCUUGCCUCAUUGCCGCCGGUCUGGUUCUAUUCGACAACGCCCAUAUUGGCCAGACGCGGCUGAUACUUCUUGAUGCUACCUUGGUCCUGGCUAUGGCAUGUAGUCUGCUCUUCUACAUCAAGUUCUACAAGCUUCGUCACGAGCCGUUUAGUCGCAAGUGGUGGAAAUGGCUCAUUCUGACCGGCUACGCCCUGUCCUGUGAUAUGUCCACCAAGUAUGUUGGUACUUUUGCUUUUGUCACCAUUGGCUCCGCUGUCAUCAUUGAUCUCUGGGAUCUGCUGGACAUCAAGCGCCCUGGAGGCGCCAUCAGCCUUCCUCAGUUUGGCAAGCACUUUGCUGCUCGAGCUAUCGGCCUCAUUAUUUUGCCGUUUCUGUUUUAUUUGUUCUGGUUUCAAGUCCACUUUGCCGUACUGUCGCGCUCCGGCCCUGGCGAUGAUUUCAUGUCGCCCGAGUUCCAGGAAACGUUGAGCGACAACGUCAUGAUGGCAAACGCGGUCGAUAUUCAGUAUUACGAUACCAUCACGAUUAAGCAUAAGCAGACGAAGGCAUUCCUGCACAGUCAUCCCGACCGCUACCCCCUCCGCUACGAUGAUGGUCGUGUUUCCAGCCAGGGCCAACAAGUUACCGGCUACCCUCAUAAUGAUACCAAUAACCACUGGCAGAUUCUUCCCGCUAAUGACGACAAGCAAAUGGGUCGCAAGGUCAAGAACAAUGAAUUGAUUCGGUUGAGACACGUAGGCACUGAUACGAUUCUCCUGUCCCACGACGUGGCUUCUCCUUACUAUCCCACCAACCAAGAGUUUACCACUGUAUCUCACGAAGAUGCCUACGGCAGUCGAAUCAACGACACCUUGUUUGAGAUUCGGAUUGAAAACGGAAAGAAAGACCAGGAAUUCAAGUCUGUCGCCAGCCACUUCAAGCUCAUUCACUUCCCUAGCAAAGUGGCCAUGUGGACUCACACCAAGCCUCUGCCUGAUUGGGGUUCUCACCAGCAAGAGGUCAACGGCAAUAAGCAGAUCGCCCCCAGCUCCAACGUCUGGUUGGUUGAUGACAUUACCAGUCUUCCUGCCGAAGAUGCCCGACGAGAAAAGCCUGGGCGCAGCGUGAAGACUUUGCCGUUCCUGCGCAAGUGGUUCGAGCUGCAGCGAGCCAUGUUCUACCACAACAGCAAGCUGACCAGCAGCCACCCGUACGCCAGCCAUCCUUAUCAGUGGCCAUUCCUGUUGCGUGGCGUCAGUUUCUGGACUCAGAAUGACACGCGCCAGCAGAUAUAUUUCGUUGGCAACCCAAUUGGCUGGUGGCUUGCAAGCGGUCUGCUGGCUGUCUACAUUGGGAUUGUUCUCGCUGAUAACAUCUCGCUACGCCGAGGCAUCGAUGCACUGGACCACCGUACACGUUCACGCCUCUACAAUUCUGCUGGCUUCUUCUGGGUUGCAUGGGCCACACACUACUUCCCUUUCUUUGUGAUGGGCAGGCAACUUUUCCUCCACCACUAUCUACCUGCUCAUCUUGCAUCCUGUCUAGUCGCCGGUGCGCUCAUCGAGUUUGUUGUCAGCGCAGAACCAGUUGACGAGACUAGAAGCCCCAGGAAAAGCCCCAAAAAGCACCUUUUGGCCCGCGAGAGAUUGGCUGGUCAGAGCAUGGUGGGAGCCUGGGUUGCCUGUGGCGUGGUACUGGCCGUGGUCAUUGCCGGCUGGUGGUUCUUCCUCCCAUUGACGUAUGGCUACCCUGGUUUGUCUGUUGAGCAGGUUCUUCGAAGGAAGUGGCUGGGGUACGACUUGCACUUUGCCAAAUAA